AUUGAUAUCAAACAUUUGCGGCUUCAUUGCACGACGCUGUCUACUCGUGUCGUUCUGGCGUCGGUUAAUUCCAGCAACGUGAGAGUUCUGCCACUCAACGACCAGAUCAAGGAGCUGCACACAAUUCUGAGAGACAGGGAGACGAGUCGCAGUGAUUUCGUUUUCUACAGCGAUCGUUUGAUUCGUCUCGUAAUAGAAGAAGGUCUUAAUGUCUUGAUGCCAUCACUGCUACCAGAAACCGUGACCACGCCCCUCGGUGUCGAAUACAAAGGAGCCAAAUUUCCAUCAAAGAACUGUGGGGUCAGCAUCAUGCGAAGUGGCGAGGCGAUGGAAAAGGCACUACUCGAAUGCUGCAGGUCGAUACGCAUCGGAAAGAUACUCAUACACACCGACAAAGUUAGACAAUUGACACAAACUUUCUAUGCCAAGUUUCCGGCCGACAUUCACGAGCGACGAGUCUAUCUCAUGCACCCGAUACUCAACAGUGGCUCGACGUUUAGCAAUGCACUCGAAGUGAUAACAAAAGACUAUUUCGUGCCUGAAGAAAAUAUUCUGGUUUUAUCUCUCUUUGCCACCCCACAAGGAUUGGAGGCUCUACAGUCACUAUAUCCACGUGUGCAUGUCCUCACAUCGGAAAUAGACGAAGUGUGUCCGGCUAACUUUGGUGAAAUGUACUUUGGAACAGAAUAACGAACAAAAACAAUAGCAAUUUAAAUAUAUCAGCAUACAGCAUACAUGCUCACUGCCAACACAGUCAGCAGCGACAACAGCACUGGCAUAUAAACACUUAUUUGCUAUAUGUACUGUAUGAAAAUUCACAGAGCUAUGUCACUAUUGCAACGAUUCUUCAACAGGAAAUACACCAAAAUGCAAU